UCGGCGUCAUGUUCUAGCUUGUGACAUGUAGUUCAAGCAGCAGCAGCAGAGCGCGUGCAGCUGUUUUCCUCCGCUCGUGAAACCCGUAAACACAUCGCUCGACCGCUGGAGCCGGAGCGCGCGCCGGCAGCGGCCACCUUCCCCACCUUGAGAAGUGCGCGCAGCCUCGUGAGCUGUCCGUGGUGCUGAACGGCACCGGCACGCUGCGCGGGUCUCCACGAGUUGACCUUCUCUCCUCGAGCGGAUAUAGCAUCCUCCUCCUCGUCCUCCUCCAGCAACAACAACACAGUAAGGUGGCACCACAGGCCACCGCGCAUGGACAGCUGCCGGGCUUGACUGAGUCAGCCAGACUAUUUUCUCUUUCAUGGCUGUGGCACGCAAAAUCAAAACUUUGCUGACCGUCAACAUUUUAGUGUUUGUAGGUAUUAUCCUGUUCUCGGUCUACUGCAGGAUCCAGGACCGAUCCGAGGAGCUCAUCCAGAUAGGGCGUGUGUCUGACCAGAGGCUGCGAGCCAGGAAUGGCAAAGUUUCCAACUUGGUGGACAGGCAGUCUAUUCUCCAGCGGCUGGAGAGACUGGAGGAUGUGGUCUACAAUCAGUUAAACGGUUUGGCGAAGCCCAUGGGGCUAGUUGAGGGACCCGGAGGCCUCGGCCAGGGGGGAGCCGCUGCCACUCUGGGAGAGGACAGUCAUGACGCAGAGGGGAAAUAUGAAGAGUACGGCUACAACGCUCAGCUCAGUGAUCGUAUCUCCCUGGACAGGAGCAUCCCCGACUACAGGCCCAAAAAGUGUAAGCAGUUGACGUACCCAGAAGACCUUCCUCAAAUCUCCGUGGUCUUCAUCUUUGUGAACGAGGCACUGUCGGUGAUCCUACGCUCCGUCCACAGUGUUGUCAACCACACACCAGCACAUGUGCUCAAGGAGAUCAUCCUGGUGGACGACAACAGUGACAGUGUGGAUCUAAAAUUCAACUUGGACCAGUAUGUGAACAAACGCUACCCAGGCCUGGUAAAGAUUGUGAGGAACAGCAAGCGGGAGGGCCUGAUCCGAGCCAGAAUACAUGGCUGGAACGCGGCCACGGCUCCUGUCGUCGGCUUCUUUGAUGCCCACGUCGAGUUCAACCCUGGCUGGGCUGAACCUAUCCUGACCCGGAUGAAGGAAGAUCACACCCGCAUCAUCCUGCCCGCCAUUGACAACAUCAAGUACAACACGUUUGAGGUGCAGCAAUAUGCCAAUGCCGCCCAUGGCUACAACUGGGGGCUGUGGUGUAUGUACAUCAUCCCACCACAAGAGUGGCUGGACAAGGGUGAUGAGACAGCCCCGAUCAGAACUCCAGCUAUGAUUGGAUGCUCCUUUGUGGUUGAUCGGGAAUACUUUGGCGAUAUUGGUCUACUGGAUCCUGGCAUGGAGGUCUACGGAGGCGAGAACAUCGAGCUUGGCAUGCGGGUGUGGCAGUGUGGAGGGAGUAUGGAAGUCCUGCCAUGUGCCAGAGUGGCUCACAUCGAGCGCACCAAGAAGCCCUACAACAAUGACAUAGAUUACUACGCUAAGCGCAAUGCCCUGAGGGCCGCCGAGGUGUGGAUGGAUGAAUACAAAUCCCAUGUCUACAUGGCUUGGAACAUUCCCAUGAACAACCCUGGGGUUGAUUUCGGGGAUGUCUCGGAGCGCUUGGCCUUGAGGAAAAGGCUGCAAUGUCGGAGUUUUCGCUGGUACCUUGAACACGUCUACCCAGAGAUGCGGAUCUACAACAACACCAUCACAUAUGGCGAGGUGAGGAACAGCAAAGCGAGCGGCUACUGCCUGGACCAGGGCUCUGAGGACGAUGACAAAGCCAUCCUCUACCCGUGCCACGGCAUGUCUUCACAGCUCGCCCGCUACGCGACUGAGGGGCUUCUCCAGCUAGGACCCCUGGGGUCGACCACCUUCCUGCCUGACACAAAAUGCCUCGUUGAUGAUGGCAGGGGACGCACUCCCAGAUUGAAAAAAUGUGACACUGUUUCGAGGGUUUCCCAGAGGCUUUGGGACUUUACACAGAAUGGCCCGAUCAUAAGCAGGGACAGCGGUCGAUGCUUGGAGGUUGAAAUGUCCAAGGAUGCUAACUUUGGACUUCGCUUGGUGGUCCAGAGAUGCUCCGGUCAGAAGUGGAUGAUACGGAACUGGAUUAAACACCCCAGGCAUUGAAGCCAAAGAACAACCUCUGAGACGGUUUGGGCAGUGUUUCAAGUCGCAGUUGGACGGUUCAGAGAGGAGCGGGGACUCGUGGUGCUAGUGUGAGGUAAUUUCACACUAUGCAGACUGCACAGCACACUGAGCUCCCCCCCCCCCCCCCCCCCCAGGCCACAGAGCUUUCCAUCAUUAAGUCCUAAAGAAUAAAGAAGAAUCUGAUACAUUCAUGUGUUGCACCGAGCUGCGUGUUUCACAGGGACCUUAUGGCAAGCUGCGGUGUUUUAAAAGGCCCACAUUUCUUACAUUCAGCUUCAUGUGCAGAACUGAGUAACAAAACACCUCAGUACAGAUCCCAAAGGUGGUUCAAGAUCCUUGUAUAUUAUGUUGUUUCUACUGUAAAGCGAUCAGAUCUUUGAAGAUGAGAAAGAAUGUGUGAGCUUGUGAGUCUUUAGGUUGUUUUUUUCUCUGAGUGCAUCUGAGCAAAUCAAAAGUUGUGAUUUCUGUCAAUUGCUACAUCAAAGUGAUUAUUUUGAGCUGUGAUUUGGAAAAUUGCUUUGGACAUAUUGUGCUGCACUGGCAAGACAUGUAAUAGCCUUCAAAGGAUUUCCCCAUCAUCUGAUCGGGAGGCAUUUCACCUGCUCUCACACACACCACGACAGUUCUUUGUUUCUUUGGACUGUAUUGCUCACUGAGGACGGGAGCAAUCAUGUGCCUUCUUCUCAUGUUUCUGCUUAUUCUGAGCCGAGAAUGUCAGUCCUAAAAGCAUGUACAAAAUAAUUUGAAAACUAUUAAUAUAUAAAACAAUGUAUAAAGGAGUCUAAGUAGUAAUGACGAACCACUUUGGUUCACAAGAUAGUAAUAUAUUGUAAAAAGUGAAGAAUUGAUCUCCGUCCUCCUUAUAACAAUUAGGACAAUAAAAUCAUUUUUAUGAUGA